AUGGCUAUACUGAUGCAAACAAUAUCCCACCCUCGCGGGGUGGCUACCAUCAACCGUACCCUUCGCAAGGGUAUCAAAAUGCGUACAAUCUCGCUCGCUCUAAUACAAGGCCAGUUCCUGGAUCCUCCUUUCGAGACCGACAGCCAAGGGACUAUCAGCAAAGAGCUCGAGGAGGACGUCAAAGAGACUCUUGUCAACCACGUAGACAUAGUCCUAACAAGACUAGAAUCACUGGGAUGGAUAGUCAACUACGAAAAAUCAGUCUUGAAACCUCAGACAGGUCUGGUGUAUUUGGGUGUUUAUUGGGACCCGUGGUCCAAUCAGAAGUAUCUGCCGAAAGACAAAUUACCCAAAAGUUUCGAAAAGGGUAUAUGCGAUACCUCAAGAUGCGAGGGACGAUCUAGUGUGGUGGAUGCACAAUUGUCAUUGCUCGUCUCAAAUUCAUGUGCCACCUCCGUCUCAUUUUCUGACAACCGACGCAUCAGAUCUUGCGUGGGGAGCGCAACUAGACUAUCAGUCUCUCUGGGGUCUCUGGACGAGUGCGGAAAAAGAGUUGCACUGCAAUCAAAAGGAGAUGCUUGCCAUUCUAAACGUUUUGGAAGAUCGUUGUCGGCUCCUGUCUCACUCGACGGUCCUAGUUCAGAGCGACAACAAGACUAUUAUAGCCUACCUCCGCAACCAGGGAGGAACGAGGUCGACACCUCUCUUACAGCUAACGUACAGAGUUUUCCAAUUGCUGGAACAAUAUCAGAUCCAUCUAAGCCUGUUUUACUUACCAGGGAGGUACAACAGUCACGCGGAUCAUCUAUCAAGAUUGCGCGCACCUCCGGAAUGGCAUCUUCUUCCAGAAGGCACGGAGCGAGUAUUUUCCAAGUGGGGAGUGCCAGUAAUAGACCUGUUUGCUUCGGCGAGAGCUCAUGUCGUAAUCAACUAUGUAUCGAUAGACCAAAACGACCACGAAGCCCUGUUUCACGAUGCCUUUUCAAAGGUUUGGAAUUUCGAACUGGCAUGGAUUUUUCCACCCCCGUAUUUGAUACCGAAAGUGCUGACUCACCUGAACCAAGCUUCAGGAACAUUCCUAUUGAUAGUUCCUCGAUGGCACCGUGUCUUCUGGCGUGCGGAUCUCAAAGCUCGUGCCAUAGCAGCUCCCUUUACACUAGGUCACCUAGACAAGAUCCUUCUGGACGUGACCACAAAUCUACCGCCUUCGAAUGUCCACGAAAUGACGCUAGAAGUCUGGAAGUGUGGGGGUGGUCGGAAAGUCUAACGGGCUGGAACUCGGCACAAAUUGCCCUUCUUCAAUCAUCUUGGCGCGCCUCUACGCGCAAGACGUAUAAUACAGCUUGGAAAAAGUGGGUAACUUGGUCGACGCAGCAUAAAGUAAAUACUACACAGCCUUCGGGUCCAGAGGUUGCCAAAUACUUAUCAGACCUUUACUUGGUCGACAAAUUAUCUUACAAGACAAUUCUUUUAUAUAAAUCUGUAGUAUCAACUCUGUGUAAUACGGAUUCUGCGGAAAGAUUAAGUACUCAUGUCCUUGUUAAGCAUGUGCUAAAAUCCAUAGCUUUAAGAAAUCCGAUAGAUAAAAAACCUCCAAUUUGGAAUGUGGAAGUCUUGAUUGAUUAUCUUAGAAAAUCAAAAAUUAACCAUGACAAUAUUUUUGAGGCUUGCAGAAGAACGGCAUUGCUCCUCCUUCUCUGUACGGGCAGGAGAAUACACGAUCUUACAUUGCUAAAUAUCGAUUGUAAUCACUGCAUAUUCACCGAUAAUUCUAUAAUUUUUUGGCCUAUUUUCGGGUCUAAAACUGAUUGUGCGGAUUACAGACAAUCAGGGUGGAAAUUGCUUACUAAUGAGACGUGUAAAAAUCUUGACCCUGUUUUUUGGAUUCAACAAACAUUUUCGCUUUUAAAAAGUAGAAGAGAAUCCGCCAAUUGUAAUAGCCUCUUUAUUUCUCUCAGAGGUGAUGUUAAAGCCGCAUCGCGUGCUCUGAUUGCAGGUUGGGUUAAAUCUGUGUUUAGGGAGGCAGGCAUAACGGCAACACCUGGGAGCAUACGUGCUGCUGUAGCUUCUAAGAAUUGGGUGGACAAUUGUUCUGUAGAAGAUAUUCUGUCACGAGAUGCAGCGUCCGACCAAAUCCUGUCACCUGUUGCUUUAUUCAGCCUAGUGGAUGUCAGCCCUUCGUACUCGGUGUCUGGGCUACGUUCAGAUGAACGCGCGGUGCCGCGCGGUUUGCUCAGCGCGCGGUUCAAGAUCGUAACAAAUGUAUGUUGCUGUACACAUGAGCGCGCGGCGCCGCGCGGCACCGCGCGCACCACCGUGUACCGCGCGCAAGUUCUUGUCCCGCGCGGCGCCGCGCGGGACACGAACUACAGUCCUGCCUCGACCUGUUCAGAUGACCCGCGCGGUUUGAGGCGCAACCAGAGCAAUCAAAAUUACGACAAUCUUUACGUCAAACAUUUUGAAGAUAAAGAGUUAGCUUCAAAAUUCAAAGGGCAAUUGAUGCCUCGGGAGCUGUAG